UCGAGCGUCCAGUCUGCUACAUUUUCAGGGCCACAAAGAAGAGUUCCCAGCAUGCACUUCUUCGGCGCGGAAAUUUCAAUGGAUUUUCAAUGCGAGAUGAAAGUCUGAGGAGAGAGCUCACGAAGGAACAAGUCUGCCGUGUUUCGGCGUUCAACCAGCUCAGUUUUUGUGUGAAAGAUGAGUGGAUCAGGUGACAGCAGUGGGACGAUCAAAGCAGCUGAUCCCUUUGAGGAUCUGUGGCGGCAGCUGGGAGAGUGUCAUCAUCACGUGACUGGAGAGCUGGAAGCAAAGGUGAGCCGGCUGAAAAAGGACCGCUGCCUAGAUGCUCAGAGACUUGAGGUGUUUUACAACCGUAACCAGCAUCUGAAGGAGGAGAACAAAACCCUGCACGACACCAUCCACCUCCUAGAGGAAAGGCUCAGAGCAGGAGAGUGCGACCGUUGUGUUGUCUUGGAGGAAAAGCUGAAGAGCAGCCUGGAUCAGAAUCUCAGACUUCUUGAUGAACUGAGAAUUGAAAGAAACAACCUGCAGGAUGAAAACAGGAAACUCCGUGCUGAGAUACAAAAGCUGAAAGCAUCGUGUUCCUCCUCAGAGCAAGACGACGGCUUCAUCCCCGACUCGCCCGUCCUGCCCAGCUCGCUGCCGCCCGCCAACAAGCUGAGGAAGCGCAAACAGGUCGCCCAGCAGAAACACGUCCGUUACGAGGAGAAGCCCCUCCCCCACGCCCACAAGUCCCUCCUGUGUGAACCCCCAGGUGCCGCAGAGAAUGCUGGGAAAGCGGAAGUGUUGGUGCCGAACACGUGUGAGCUGGACAUGCCUCAGAUCGCAGGUGACGGAGAGGCGGUGGCAGAAACGUGCGCCCUUCUGCCUGUUGGUAAACAUUCCAAAAUAAAGUUUCCUUCAAAUCAGCAGAGUUCUCCAAAACCCUUCUUGAAAUACAAUGUGUGUUUAAAGCCUCACUGCUUCUCUUCAUCCGCCCGGAGGCACAGUCCCGACUCCACCACUAAGAAGUCCCCGUCUCUUCUGCCCCACGUCCGACUUUUUGCAGAUGACGCCUCCGUUUGUAGGCUGAUGAAGGAGGAAAAAAGGGAAGAGCUGGUGGACGACAACCGAGAUGAAAGCAGGGAGGGGGCGGCCAGCAAACUCCUCCAACCUGAGCAGAUCUCCAGUAAGAAGGUUCAGUCCUCUGACGGUGGCGGCCCCGGCCCAAAGCCCCCCUCCUCUCCUGCUUUUCGGGUUCCCCUCUGCGUGACUAAAGGAGAUGGAGGCGCCAAGAGAACUCCUCUGCAGAACUCCAAUGCUUCACUCUGCGGAGCCAGAGAGCGCAGGACGCUCGCCGUGGAGCCGGCAUGGAGCAUCGACCCCGCCCUCGCUCUGUCCUCCUGUGAUGACGAGCUGGAAGGAGACGAGGAUCUGGAAGAAAAGCAGCAUGGCGGCGAGCUGAUGGACACGGACUGCACGUGGGUCAGCCACAGCAUGCUUCAGCGUCCGGGACAGUUCGGUCCGGACAGCAGAGACGUCAAGCCAGAUUUAGGCGCCAGGGCGGUGGACAGUUUGGAUAUGAUGUUUGACACCACGGCUUAUGGCGAGUUCCAGUCCUGCAGCAGCCUGCCUUUAAAUCAGAGCCAGCGCGAUGAUGAUGAUGAGGAUGAUGAUGAUGUAGAGGAAAUACAUGAAGAGGACAUUGGUGAAUCACCUGACAGCCACACGCGUCCAAGUAAAGCCCAACAGCCGGCCUUUGCACACGUGGCGGUGGUUCGUAAGAAAGACGAGAGGCGGAAGCUGAAAGGCGCCACCUGCAAAGAAUGUGAGAUUUAUUACGCUCAUCUACCAGAGGAGGAAAAGCAGAAAAAGCUCUCCGCCUGCUCCAGACAUCGCUAUCUCUACAUCCCUCCAUGCACGCCUGAAAACUUCUGGGAAGUGGGUUUCCCGUCCACACAAACCUGCAUUGACAGAGGCUACAUCAAAGAAGAGAGCAGUCCUCCAGGGCGAAUGAGGAGAAGACAACCUUUCAACGCCUUAUUCACCCCAAAGAAAAAGGAGCAAAGCCUAAAAUCCCCCUGAAGGAGCUCAUGAAGAACAUAGAGCCGGGCUUUCUGCUCGUUCUAGGCUGCAAUCUGAUUUUUUUGAUCUGUAAAUAAAAAAAAAUAAUGGGA